AUGAGCUUGAGAAACGAUUUUUCAUCCAGUUCUACACGAAGAGAGGCUAUAGAUUCGAUUCCGAUAAGAGGAAUGGCUUUCAAGUUACUAGUACUAAAGAAUGAUUGGUUCUUCAAACCUAAUUCUGAAUUCCCUGAUUUUGAAAAGUUAACAAAACUUAUAAAUAAGGCGUAUAGCAAAGCUCGUUAUAAAUUUGACAUUAUUACAACUCAAAGAAUUAAAGAUCCUACUACUUUUCUCGAAGAUUUUUCCAUUGACAAUAAAAGGAGAUUUUGUUUCUUCAUAUUACUUGGAUCUAAGAGUCUGUUUGAUAAACUCCGCUUAGAGGACGAUUUUGAUAGGGAUUUUAGCAUUCCCAACCGUAAUUUAGAUGAGAGUUAUGCUUGUGACAUUCCAGAGAAAUAUUAUGAUUUGCUUGGCUUUAAUAAUACUUCUGAGAUCGAGAUCGAGGAAGUAGAUUGUAACUAUAUUUUAGAUGACAAUGUAUUGAAAAGGGUAUUGGGGACAGUUGGAUUAAAGGCCUGCAAUGAAGAGGAAACAGAGGUGAAUGAUACUAGUAAACUCGCACUCACUUGUUUUACAUCGUUCAUGAGAAAUACUGCACCCCAGAUUCUCGAUACAGUGAUUUAUAAGUAUUUACUUGAACCAAGAUAUAUGUCUUCACACCUGCUCUUAAACACGACAACAAAGAAGGUGAUUCUCUACGCAGAGGUUAUACGCGAGCAUAAAUUGGUCGAGUAUUAUUCUUCCAAAUGUGGAUUUGAGUUCUCUUCCGAAAUAUUAAUCGAAGUCGAUGAUAAUGGGAAAUUGAAGAACAAUCCUUUUGAGGACAAUAUACUUGCUACAGGAAACUUCCAUGUAUCAUUUAUUCAUAGAGAGAUACAUAUUUAA